AUGAGCAUAAUAUUGAACACUAUCAGACCAGUAAGUAAUUUAAUAAAACAUGUACCAAUUAAAAUUGUUCCGGCGAGAUUGGUCGUAACGUUCAAGUCAGAUUUUAAAAUUGAAUGGACACGUCCUGAGAAAGUACCAGCUACUCAUCCAUCGAAAAGUUGUGAUAUGGGUCUGGAGCGAACGACUAAAAGUGAUGAAUUGUACCGCUGGUACAAUCAAUCCAAAGAAUUACAGGAUGCUGAUGACAUAGUUAAAAGAUUAUGUACGCUGGAAUUUUUGCCGAAAAAGAUGACUGAGAAUAUGAAUCGUGAAAGGACCAUCGCACUUGUUAAAAGACAUGAAUUAGACCGUGGGUCUCCAGAAGCUGAAAUUGCUGCAAUGACCAGCGAAAUACUUUACCUCCAGGAAUAUUUAACCGAGCGUCCUCGCGACAAAAAAACUAAAGUAUUUUUGAAAGAACUGAUAGAUAAGCGCAGAAAACUCCUCGGCAGAUUGCGAAAGUGGGACUACCGCCGAUUCGAGUGGGUUCUGGAGAAGAUGAACCUGAAGUUCAAGCCCCAUCCACCAGAGUACCAUCGCGUCGAAAGGAAAGCUUCAAUUCGAAAAUUGACAACCAUCCGCUGCGACAAAAUUAUUUCUACUAAGCUUGAGAAGUACCGAGAGGAGCUUAAUGUCCAGAAGAAAAUAUUUUUCAACGAAAAAGCUGACAAACUGGCGUUCAUUCGUGCCGAAGAGAUCGCUUGUGGUCAACCUCCCAGUGUCACUGAAGAAGAGAUAGCUGAGGCUAGGGAACAGGCCAAACAAUAUCAAUAAUUAUAG